AUGGAAGAUGCAAAACUAGCGGUGCAAAACGCAAUGAACGAGGUGAUUUUGUGUGCUGGUGCCCUCGGGAGCCCGCAACUAUUGAUGUUGAGUGGUGUGGGACCUGCCACUCAUCUUGCAUCCCAUGGGGUGAAUCCGAUCAUCGUAGAUCAACCCAUGGUGGGGCAAGGGAUGGUUGAUAACCCGAUGAACCCUAUCUUUGUUCCUUCUCCUCGAACCGUAGAAGUCUCUCUUGUCCAAACCGUUGGCAUCACAAAAUUUGGUAGUUACAUUGAAAGUGCAAGUGGCUUAAGCCUCUCUAUCAGUUUGACCCGUAGCUUCUUCGAUGGUGUUUUAAAUCUUGUCAAUGAGACAACACUCCACACCGAAUCCAUCUCAAACUUUCUCAAAUCUUUGGAUAUUCGAUUGGACUUGACGACAAAAGCGGGUGUGAUACUCCAGAAAGUCGCAGAACCGGUCUCGAGAGGUUACUUGGAGCUGAGGAACAAGAACCCAGAUGAUAACCCUUCAACAUGUGUUGAAGGACUUGGUACCAUAAUCAAAGUGAUUAAUUCGAAGGCAUACGCUAAGUACAAGUACACGGAAGCAACUGCGCGUGAACUGCUGAACCUCAUUCUUGCCAUUCCCACAAAUCUGAGGCCAAGGCACAUAACCUCAACGUUCGAUCUAAAGCAGUUUUGUAUCGAUACCGUGAUGACCAUUUAUCAUUACCAUGGAGGUUGUCAAGUUGGAAAAGUUGUCGACAGCGAUUACAAAGUAUUAGGGAUCGAUGCUUUGAGGGUCAUUGAUGGAUCAACGUUUCUCAGGUCUCCAGGGACUAACCCACAAGCCACGAUAAUGAUGCUCGGAAGGUAUAUGGGACAGAAGAUUCUUCGAGAGAGGGCGACUUUCCGAGGAAAGUAAGAAGAUACAUGAGAUUUUCAAUAUUCUCAAAAAUCUUAAUAUUUGGGGAUUGUUGCUCCCAUAUAAGAUGAGACAAUCCUUCUUCAAUUCAUCGUCCAAACAAAAUAAAGAAAACUCUGAUAUGUAGUGUAUUUGUAUCAUUCGUGAAUCUUGCGCAAGUGGAUUUUC